CAGUCUCUACACGCCACGCUUCUACCACCAGCGCAUGCGACCGUUCCUGGGGCUCGGUUAUGUCAUCACAUUUGCCGGAUAGGAGCUGCGUGAUUACAAGCGACGAAGCAUCAACACACCAGGAGAUGUUCGGAAGCUUGUAUAUGUCAUCUGGAGACAAGGCAAAAGAAAGCGAAGAAGAACCGCGGUCCAGAACCGCAACAGCCUGCCGGAAGCAGAUCUGGAUGGCGCAAAGCUCGCGUCCGUCGAUGAAUGAGACACCACCCAAGAAUCCAACAGCGUCUGAUCUCAGGGAUGACAGGUUGUGAACACCUCUUGUGCGACCCCUGUUACGAGGACAUCAUGAACCCUGUAGCCGAGAUAGGAAAGACUCAUGGCUUUUGCAAGCCUUGCCGUCAGACGUUCUUCUACGGCAAUCUUCUAUUCGCCUGCACGUGUUGUUCACUCGCCCUCUACGCAAUGCAGAAGAAGAAGAAGAAGAAGAAGAGCAAGGAGAGGAGAAAGCAGAACCAGAGCCGUCAGGCAGUGAUGGGCUUCGAAUUUUCGACUUUGUGGGGAAGUGAAAAGUUUGUGGCCGCGGGUGUAAGAGAAGACGAUGCAGAUGAUGAGGACUAUUUCGCAUCUCAAGAUGGUCCUGGGGACGACGAUGGCUUCGAUGAAGCUGAAGACGACGAAGAAGACGACGGCAUGGAUGCUGAGGGAGGACAAGAAGGUGACGGUGACGAUGACGACCCUGGGAUAUGGGUUGGUUACAUCGCGCCCGAGACCGAGAUCGAUGGGAACGACAAGCAAGUACAACCGAUUGAGAAGUACUGCAUCGUCAUCUGCAGGAUGUCCUCGAACAAGGGCAUUACUAGCAAGGAGAGCAAGGACGGCCGCAACCGCGUCCAAAUUAACCACAAAGGCAUGAAGCGCCGCAGGAGGCUGGAAGGGUGCAUAAUUCGAGAGAGACUUUGCAACAAUGCGCCUACCCCAUCCCGAUUUGCCUUCAUCCUUGCCACAAACAGCUAUCAAAUCACCCUCUAGGUAAGGUGCAGGACAUGUGCGGACAGGCCGCGCGCCAUUUAGAGAAUUGUAGUCUCCAAACGUCUUUUCAGGUCGAGUAUAACCCACCAAUUCACCUUGAGUCCCUCCCAUGUUCUGGAAGUUGCACGUUCAGAGUCUGAUCUUUCGCGUCCCAAGAUGAAUGGUCUCGAUACGACUGGGAGGUUCCAUUUUGGAUAAACGAACCGUGGAGGCGCUCCAAAUGUGUCAACGCCCGCGGAU